UGGACCCACCUCCCCAGCACAAGUGAAGUGGAGGCGAGCUGUAAGCGUUGAAGUCACCUGCUGCUUUUUGAGGACAAUUAAUGUUGAAGCAGUGGUGUAGCCGGUCGGGGAGUAAUUACUCUUGAAGGUUAACAGCUUCUACAAGCGAUAACCUGCUUCACAACUGUUUAAAAGACUAUAAGUGGUGCAAAUAUGGAGCCCAGACCUCUACUAAAAGAGAAGUUUUUCAUCGUGGUACGCGGAAAGUCGAGGAAAGGCUUCAGCCGAGGAUGUAUUGGCCGUGUGGAGGCAGAGCUGCAGCAUGGGGAGCUGAUGGGGCUGAUGUACUGCGGAGGCAGCAACGCAGGGAGUCCCAAGAGCGGAGGCAUCGUGAAGAGGGAGGACACCUACCACCUGACCCGCCACCAGGCCCAGCUACUGCUCUUCGUGUCCCCCGCAAGCAAACGCCUGGAGCUGCUGUGUAACCCCCAGCUGUUCUCGGCCAUUUGUGAGCUGUCUCAGGACGACCUGGUGGUGGUGAAGCACAAAAAGGGACACCUGCCAGGGCUGGUGAAGAACCUGAUGCAGAUUGGGAGGAAGGAGAACAAAGAUGACCUUCAAAUGCUUGGCUUUGAGGUGGAAUUUGUGGACAAUGAUAACAAGUUGUCAUCCAAGAAACCCGCUCCUCUGCCCCUGUUCAGUGCGGCAGACAUCGUCCAGGUGGUCCCAUCUCACUCUGUUCCCUUCGGACUGCACUGGAAAGAAGGACAAUAUGGGAGUCUAAACAGAAAAGCAGUUACGCGCAUCAACUCCAUGCCAAGUAUUGGAUCUCGUGCACGACAAUUGAGGGGGGGCCAUACAGAACACAGUGUCAUUCAGAGCCUGACAGAAGAGAGAACUUCAAGCAAUACUCAUGUGCCUCUGGAGGUGGGAUCCCUGGUGGAGGUGAUGUCCAACUCGGGGAUCACGGUGUACGGGGUUGUCCAGUGGCUGGGCAUCCCUGAAAGAAAGACUGAAGAGUGGGCUGGGAUUGAAUUAGACUAUGAGGUGAAGGGCUGCUCUGAUGGGACAUACGGAGGCCAGAGGUAUUUCACCUGCAGUGGGAGCAGGGCUUUAUUUGUUCCUGUCACAAAGUGCAGCCCUGAUGGCAGGUUCGUCUGCUCCUCUACAGGAAGGGAGCCCUCCAAACCCCCCGACAUGCCUCCAGUUCCUCCAUUUGAGGACUUGGAGGAGGAUGCACCGCCUAUUCCUGAAUCAGAGGCUUUGUCUUUGUUAGUAGGAAGAAUGAAAGGGAUUCAGGGCCACAUUAACUCCUGUUACCUUGAUGCCACACUCUUCAGUUUGUUCGGCUCAUCCCUGACCUUGGAUAAUAUCUGCUCAAAGCCUGAGGACAAGGAGCAACCUAUAACCUGCACUCUUCGAAAAAUAGUCAACCGUUUGCGCAGACAAGGGUUUGUUCCUGCUGAGAGUGUGAUGAAUUUUCGUAAACAGCUUGGCUGCGACACUUUCCGAACUGAGGAAAAAGACCCAGAGGAAUUCAUCACAGUCCUGUUUCAGAAGGUGCUUCACAUGGAGCCACUACUAAAGCUCAGAUCGAGACAAGAAACGUGCCAGGGUGCCUACACAUUCCAGAUCUUUCUGGAAAAAGAACAGAUGGGACAGAUGCCCACUGUCCAACAGCUGCUGGACACAUCUUGCCUGUCAGGUGACCUCAAGUUUGAAGAGAUGCCGUCCUGCCUGAUGGUUCAGAUGCCAAGGUUUGGAAACAACUAUAAGAUGUUUUCUCACAUCAUUCCCUCCACUGAGCUGGACAUCACAGAUCUCCUAUACAACUCUCCAAGGGAAUGCUUCCUCUGUGGUUCUUUGGCAGAGUAUGAGUGUCUCCAGUGUCUAUCAGAUCGCCAACUGCAGCCAGGGAGAAUAAAGCAGUACUGCUCUACCUGCAACACACAGGUGCACACUCAUCACUCACGCCAGGGUCACUCCCCCAAAGCUCUCUCAGUCCCAGCAGAUGCAGCCUCUGAUCCCCCUGUGCCCAGACACAUGAUGCAGCUGUUUGCUGUGCUCUGCAUUCAAACCAGCCACUAUGUGUCCUUUGUCAAAUACGGCCCUGAUCCUCACUCCUGGCUCUUCUUUGACAGCAUGGCAGACAGAUGCGGUGAUGAUCAACAUGGAUACAACAUUCCUGAGAUCCGAGCUUGUCCGGAGCUGGGUGACUUCCUGUCCCAGCCGGAGGAGGAGCUAACCUGGGCCAACAUGUCCCAGGCUCCUGAACUAGUGCGGAGGUUGCUGUGUGACUCCUACAUGUUGUUAUACCAAAACCCUGCCAUGCCUCUUACACAGCCGAACCAUCAGGAGUCUUAAACGCAUGUUGAGGACGAGGACACUACGUUCCCAUAACAGUGCCUUUAUAACCUUGCAUCUCUGCUUAAUCAGCAAGAUUAUGUGUUGAUCAUUACAUCCAUACAGCAGGAACUGAGUUGGAUGACUUGAACAUCAUGGGGGAAAAACAAUAUUGUUAAAGAGAAACAAUAUAAAACAAUAAAAAUAAAUACACAAAAAAAAAGAGAAACAAUAUAAGUUAUUGUUGACGAUGAAUGAUUAUAGUCAAAGGUGAUGUGUAAAGAGAAAACUUCAUUCUUUAUUUCUUGAAGGUCUUGCUAUUUUUACGCUGUGAUUAUUUAUAUUAAGACUUCUUUGAAGGAAAUUGUGACAUUAGACAAAUUGCACAUAAAUGACUUGACUAUAUUAUAGUGUUAUUGUUUUGUGCACUUGAUGACAUGCUUGUAUUGCAUUUUUAACUCUGGAUUGUCAAUUGUGACGCUAAGUAAAGCUAUGAUUAUCUUGUUG